GCUCCUGCGCAGGCGCACACGAGGUGGGGUGCCCGGCCUGGCAUGGCGGGCAAACGGUAACUGCAGGGUGCAAGCCCCCUUGGCCUUGGGCUCGGGGAUGCCUCGGCUCUUCUGUUUGUGGCUUGGGCUCCUACUGAUUCGGUUCUCCCGUGAGCUGACACAGGACUUAAGCAGAGCCAGGAAGCUGUGCGGCCGGCAUCUGCUGAAAGAAAUAGUCAAACUCUGUGGCCAUGGUAACUGGAGCCAGUUCCAUUUCCAAGAGGAAACCCCUUUGGCAGAGCAGAUUUCCCAGGCGUCGGGAAACACGGACGCCUUCUUCCCUGCCCAGUCUGAAAGCUCUCAUGCCUCUCUUCCGGCAUGGGGGGGAGGUGUAAACCCAGCAGUCUUACCUACUACUGUCUCUCAGGAAGAAGCAAUACACAAUUUGGAGAUGCAGUCACUGCCUGAGUAUCAAUACAAAAAAGCCAGCUCACCUCCUCAUGAAAUAAGAGCAUUUUCUUCCUCUCCUGAUAUUAAUCCAGAUAUUCACAAGAGCAUAAAACUUCAGAAGAAAAGUACAAACAAAAUUAAAACCAUAAGCAGUUUGUUUUGGGGAAAUCAUCCCCAAAGAAGACGCAGAGGAUACUCAGAUAAGUGUUGUCUGAAAGGAUGUACAAAAGAAGAACUAGGCAUUGCAUGUCUUCCCUAUAUUGAUUUCAAAAAUUUAAAAGUGCCAGCACUUGGGACUGAAAUAUUCUAACCAUCAUAGGAAUUAUACUAAUUUAAUAAAAUACUAGCAUAUUUAUUUCAC